AUGGCGCGCACCAGCAGAGUGCAGCCCACGCACUAUCCGCGCAUCACGUUCCACUCGCUGCGCAGCGCGCAGCUUCUCGCCGCCGCGGUGGUGACGUGCGUCCUGGCCUUCUUCGUCGACCAGCUUCACCGCGACGGCUACUCCAUCCCGUGGACCUUCCUCUUGCUCUUGACCGUCUCUGUCCUCACCCUUCUCUUUCUGUGCCUGACCCUGGUGCAGCACUGCUGCUGCGGCCUGAAUCCUCGGCUGAAUCUGCUGCUGAACUCUGGUCUUUUGGUCAUCUGGACCCUUGGAUUCGCGCUGCUGUCGUGGUGGUCGUCCGGGACGAUGGGCCACGUCUGCAACAAGGCCAAUUGGCACGACGACGACGGCAUCAUGAUAUGCCGCAUCUACAAGGCCUUGUUCUCUUUCUCGUUGCUUGGACUUGUAUCGACGCUCGCAGCCCUCCUCUUGGACAUCUACGUCUUCAAGCGGUCCACGCGUCGCGGCAAGUACAACCAGAUGCUGACGCUGGAUGUGAAGCGCGGCGCAUCAGCUCCGCAACAGUCGCCGUGGUCCACCAACGUCGAGGAGCCGUACGCCGAGCAGAGGCCUUUCGAAGACCAGCAGGAUAAGCGCGUUCGGAAGACGGCCAAGCAUACGGGGUAUGCGGUGCCGGAUGAGCAGUUUGCGUAUGAUGACACGGGGUAUUAUGGCGCCCAUGAUAGCGGCGUGGGCAGAGGUAAUCAUGGGGCGAUGCUUUGA